CCACAGGAACCACCGGGGAGCAGAAAGCAGAGCCAACAAGCCUAGGACUGGAUACAUUGGAAACUAAAUUGGGCCUGAGGAGAGCCCUUUCAGGUUGAGGAGCGCAGCUCUCUCAUUCUGGUCCCCGGACACCAGCAUCAGCAGGAGCGUACGUCCUCAUCGACUCAUCAGAGUAUGGCAUCUCAAGGCUGCAGUCGGGCCAUCACCUGCUUACUCUGCCUGGGAGUCAAGGAGGACCAGGAAGAGCAGCAGGAUAUGAACGCACAGAUGAUCUUUCAGGCUGGAGAGGGGAGAGAGAAGAAAGGUGUACGGGGCCAACCUGGAGUGGGAGGAGUGGGAGCAGACAGUGAAGGAGAAGAAUUAAAAGGAGAAAAAGGAGGCCCCUUUGGUCCUGAUGCUCCAGGUCCUGUGGGUGAUGGGAAGAAGAAUGGUGGCACCAGCGGAAGUGGCGUGGAGCAAGAGCAAAUGGAGCUGGUUGCUGAGGGUACGGAGAGCCAGAAAAGCCUAAAGCCUCCGGAGAGGUCAAUGGCCCGCCACCAACUUCGGUUCACCCAGCGGCAGCUGGAGCAAUGGGAGACCAUUCUCCAGCACAGUUGAGCCAGCAAGGAAGGAUCUCGCAAGAUGGAUGGGUGUAAGUGAGUCCUGAAUGUAGGUCGGUAAUCUGAAAAAAAAAAAAAGCCGUUUGGCAGGAUAGCCAUUCUAAAACUCACCUGAGAUCUUGAAUACCUUUG